AUGUUUCACGCUUUCCUAAUGGAUUCACGUCUCUACGAUCGUCAAUUUAACGACGCUCGUUACUUGAUCUACAAUCUGAUAGCGAUCGACGAACAUGGUCACGGAGGAACAACUGGUUCUAGGAGAGAUUUCACUUUCAGAGAUACUGCAUCGGAUUCACUACAACUCCUUACCAUACUUGGCAUCGACCGCUUCUAUGUACUCGGAACUUCACAAGGAGGUCACAUAGCCUUCCACAUGGCCUUACUCGAACCUCAACGAAUCAAAGGCCUAAUAUUGCUCGGUGCUACGGCCUACGCAGCGACAGAACAAAGAAAAGUCGCACAGUCGAAGCUUCGUGACAAAUGGUGCGAGACGAAGAUUCCUUCGGAGGAACUACUUCUCGUCAAAGCAGCAUCCUUCGGUGGUCCUACGCGUGUAGGGGAGAGAGUUUACGAAAAAGUCAAGCAAAUGUGGAUCGAACGGUACGCAGGACCUGAUGGCUAUGAUCCAGCGCUCAACUGUCUCCGUAACCGUGAUGAUCUUGAUGAUAGACUUGGUGAUAUCAACGUACCGGCAUUAGUCUUGCAUGGAUCGGACGAUCAAUACUAUCCGACGAAAGAUGCGAAAACUUGGAGUUCAAAACUACCUAAUCUAUGGAAAUUCGAGAUCGUGGAGCAAGGGUUGCAUUAUCUUUCAUUCACGGAGCCUGGAGCUGAAGUCUGUGCUAAGCUGAUUCCAGAGUUUAUUAAACAAACACUUUAG